CGCGCUCAGGGCUGGAGCCAGCGCGUAGCCGGCAGUGGGGCAGCCUCCCACGGCUCCAGCGGGGCUGGUCCGGCCCGGCCAGGAGGGACGGAAGGGGAGGAGACCAAGGCAGCUAAGAGUUAGGGGCUCGGCCGGCCGGCUGGCCACACCGGAGUGGCGGUGACCGAGGCAGCGGCUCCUCCGGCGGGGUCCCGGCGAUCAGCCGCGCCAUGUGCUGGUCUCUGGCCGCCGCCCUGCUGGGCACCCUGCUGCUGCUACUGCUGCUGCGCUCCCGGCGGACGCGGCUACCGAGUGAACCUCCACUUGACAGAGGCUUUGUUCCUUGGCUGGGACAUGCUGUGGAAUUUGGAAAAGAUGCUGCCAGCUUCCUGUCUCAAAUGAAGCAAAAACAUGGCGAUAUUUUCACAAUCCAGGUUGCUGGGAAAUUUAUCACCAUCUUGUUGGACCCUCACUCAUAUGAUUCGGUGCUCUGGGAGUCAAGUUGUCAGCUAGAUUUCAGUAAAUAUGCACGCCUUUUAAUGGAUCGAAUGUUUGAUGUCAAACUGCCUGACUAUGACCCCACUGAGGAAAAGGUCAUGCUGAGAUCGGCUCUGCAAAACAAGAACCUUCCAUCCCUCACUAAGGCAAUGUUCUUCAACCUUCAGACCCUUCUGCUUUCUGACCCAAGCAAUCUGAGCCGGCAGUGGACAGAUGAAGGCUUGUUUCAUCUCUCCUACAGCAUGAUGCUUAGAGCUGGAUACCUGACCCUGUAUGGCAAUGAAGAAGAAAACUACAACGAUCCUUCUUGCCAAAAUAAAGACCGGGCCCAUUCUGCUGAGGUCUACAACGAAUUUUAUAAAUUGGACCAGCUGUUGAUGAGCGCUGCCCGCUCCACGCUAACUGCAGCGGAAAAGAAGGAAGCUGCCAGCCUCAAGGGACAUCUCUGGAAGCUACUGUCUGUAAAAAGACUGAAUUCCAAAGCCAACAAAAGCCUUUGGCUAGAGAGCUACAAGCUGCACCUAGAGGAACUGGGAGUGGAUGAGGAUAUGCAACCCAGAGCCAUGCUGAUGCAGCUCUGGGCCACACAGGGUAAUGCAGGUCCGGCAGUUUUUUGGCUUCUCCUGUUUCUUCUAAAGCAUCCUGCAGCCAUGGCAGCAGUUCAAGGUGAAGUAGAAAAAAUAAUUAGAAACAGAGGACAAACAAUGAAACAGAUGCAAGGCAUUAGCCAAGAGAUGCUGGACAGCACUCCUGUUUUUGACAGUGUAUUGAAUGAAACACUACGUUUGACAGCAGCCCCUUUUAUCAGCAGAGAAGUACUUGCAGACAUGAAUCUGAGACUGGCAGAUGGCAGGAAGUUCAGCCUGAGAAAAGAAGACAGGCUCUGUCUUUUCCCAUAUUUAAGCCCACAGAUGGACUCCGAAAUCUAUGAGGAGCCAGAGAAAUUUAAAUACGACAGAUUCCUCAAUGCAGACAAAACAGAGAAAAGGGAUUUCUAUAAAGGAGGGGAAAGGCUCAAGUAUUACAACAUGCCGUGGGGAGCAGGAAUUAACACAUGUAUUGGGAAGUUCCAUGCAGUCAAUAGCAUCAAACAGUUUGUUUUCAUCUUGUUAACCAAUUUUGACUUGGAACUGAAAGAUCCUGAAGCAAGAAUCCCAGGGUAUGACAAGGGAAGAUAUGGCUUCGGAAUGUUACAGCCGAAGAAUGACAUCAUGAUUCGAUAUAAACUGAAAGAUUAGUAAAAUAGCAAUGGCUUCCCUUCCAUCAUCCAACUGGUCUCCUCUGUGUUCCUCUGGUUUUUCUGAGAACUGUCAUCGAACUGGUUCUAGAUCCAAGUAGUAUACUUUGGCUUUAUUAAUUAAUCCAUUGGGCUGGGGUAAUGGUAGCAGUUAGAAAGAACAUUAAAAAAAAAGUCACCAUUAUGUUGGCUUUGUACCUGCUAGACUACAGCUUUAAUGCUAACUGACUCUAGUUAAUAGGGGAGCUUCAACACACCAUACAGUCAUUUUUAGUAACUAACCACUAGAUAAAGUCAAAGUGAACUUUACAUCGUGGAAGCACAUUUCAAGGGAGAAUAUAGCUGUCAUAAGCUAUUGUGUGUAACUCUCAACCAAUUUUGCACAUUCAUGGAAUUUCUUGCAAAUCUUUGGGUACAACUAAAUAUAUCUAGCAAAGUCAUGACACAGAAA